UUCAAGGUGCAAAAUAUACAUAAGCUAGUAUUGUAAAUAACACAGAUAAGCAAUUGGUUAUAAGCUCAUCUAAACUUCUGGACUCAUCUCCAUGGCAUUAAUGUAACUGCUCCCUUUCAAUACUUUCAGAGGAAUGAUACCCAUGGAACCAAGGAACCGAACCAGAGCAUUAGAAUUCAUCCUCCUGGGGCUUUCAGAAACUCCAGAGCAGGAGACCCUCCUCUUCUCUCUGUUCCUCUGCAUGUAUGUGGUCAUGGCCAUGGGAAACCUUUCAAUCAUCCUGGCAAUCAGCUCAGACUCCCACCUCCACACCCCCAUGUACUUCUUCUUAGCUAACCUGUCUUUGGUUGAUUUUGGUCUGGCCACCAACACAGUCCCCAAGAUGCUGGUGAACAUCCAAAUCAGGAGCAAGUCAAUCUCCUAUGCCUGCUGCCUGACCCAGAUGUACUUUUUCCAUUUCUUUGGCAUCGUUGACAGUGUCCUGAUUGCUGUGAUGGCUUAUGACAGGUUUGUGGCUAUAUGUCACCCCUUACACUAUACCACCAUUAUGAGCCCACGCCUCUGUGGCCUGCUGGCCGGUAGCCCAUGGGUGUUUUCCUACUUUAUAUCCCUCACUCAUAUUCUCCUGAUGGCUCGUCUGGUUUUCUGUGGGAACAAUGAGCUACCUCACUACUUCUGUGACCUCACUCCCCUUCUCAGGCUUUCUUGCACUGACACGUCUGUGAACAAGAUCUUUGUGCUCAUUGUGGCUGGGCUGGUGAUAGCCGCACCUUUUAUCUGCAUCCUGGCCUCCUAUGCUCGCAUCAUUGUGGCCAUCAUGAAAGUCCCUUCUGCAGGGGGUAGGAAGAAAGCCUUUUCCACCUGCAGCUCCCACCUCUCUGUGGUUGCUCUCCUUUAUGGGACCACCAUUGGGGUCUAUCUGUGUCCCUCCUCUGUCCGCACAGCUGUGAAGGAGAAAGCUUCUGCUGUGAUGUACACUACAGUCACCCCCAUGCUGAACCCCUUUAUCUAUAGCUUGAGGAACAGAGAUCUAAAGGGGGCCCUGAGGAAGCUUGCCAACAGAAAGAUCAUUUCAUCUUCCUGA